AUGUAUUACAGUGAUCUUGUAGCCGUUGCGGAGAAGGACAUGACAUCGCGUAAUUUCCUCUGUUUGGUUGAUGCCGCCGUUAUGCUCUACGAAGAAGCGAAAGAAGAAAGCGACGAGAGAAUCUUCCAUCGUUUCCCGAGAAAGCCAAGAUCUUCGGUGGAGAAAUUUGUUACCAGUAGAAGAAACCCACAACAAAACUAUCAGAAUCUCAAUGGUGCUUCUACUUCUUCUUUGUCUCCAUCGCUUCUCGGAGAUUACAAGAUCACGGCUGAGCCGGAGAAGACGGCGAUGAUGAUUUACCCGCGAAACCCUCUUCAAUGGCACUCUUCUUCUUCUUCGUCAUCGCUUCUUCUCGACCUUAACACGAUCCCGGCUGAUGAUUCCGAGAAAAGACCCACAAAACCCUAA